AUGUAUAGUUAUAAUUCAUUCCUUCAAGUCGUAUAUCCAGAGAGAAUCCAAGGAAAUGCAAGUAACAAUGUAAAAGAACAGAUAUCAUAUGUAAUUGCAAUAGAUGAGAAACUGUAUACUGUGCACCUAAGGCCAAGAUACUUCCUAACAAGUGACUUUAAGGUUUAUUUGUACAACCAAAGUGUUGCUAAUUCUCAUUCUGCAGAUGAACAGAGUGAAUGCUACUAUCAAGGAUACAUCAAAGAAUAUCCAUAUUCUAUUGUCACACUCAGCACAUGCUCUGGAUUGAGAGGAAUAUUGCAGUUUGAAAAUGUUUCUUAUGGAAUUGAACCUCUGGAUUCUUCAUCUGAAUUUCAGCAUAUUCUUUAUCAGUUGGGGAAUGAAAACAGUGAGCAUGCAAUUUUUACUCAAAAUAGCAGAAGCAUGGAAAAAUACCCGGUGGACUAUAACAUUUUUAUAAGUGAGAAAGCAAAAACACCUGUUACUGACUUACCUCCUGUUUAUGUAGAAAUGUAUGUUGUGGUAGACAAAGCUUUGUAUGAUUAUUUAGGCUCUGAUAGCACGACCAUAACAAAAAAAUUCAUGGAAAUGAUCAACCUUAUAAAUUCAAUGUUUUCCCAAUUUAAAGUGGUUGUUUUGUUGUCUUCAUUGGAGUUAUGGUCAGAUACAAAUAAGAUAUCUACAAUCGGCAAGGCAGAUGAAGUACUGUACAGGUUUUCAAAAUGGGAACAGUCUCAUCUUACCCUAAAGCCUCAUGAUGUUACAUAUCUAUUCAUUCAUAGAGAUAAUCCUGACUAUGUGGGAGCUACAUUUCCUGGAAAGAUGUGUGCUACUCCUUAUUCUGCAGGAAUUGCACUGUAUCCCAAGGGCAUAACUUUGGAGAAAUUUUCAAUUAUUGUCACCCAAAUACUGGGACUCAGUCUGGGAAUAGCAUAUGAUGAUCCAACGAAAUGCCAGUGUCCAGAAGCCAUCUGUGUAAUGAACCUAGAGGCUAUGAAAUCCAGUGGUAAGAAGACUUUUAGCAGUUGUAGUUUGAGUGACUUUGAAAGCUUCAUUUCAAAUGUUGGUGCUGCAUGUCUUCAGAAUAAACCAGUGAUGCAACAACAAGCAGUCUGUGGAAAUGGCAUAAGGGAGGGAAAUGAAGUCUGUGAUUGUGGUACACUAGAGCAAUGUGGAAUUGACAACUGCUGUAAUCAUGAAAACUGCAGGAAGAAAUUAGGAACAGAAUGUCUUGGAGGGCCAUGCUGCAAUUUCUGUAAAUAUAGAGGAUCAAAUGUUAUAUGCAGGGACAAACGCGACCCUCACUGUGAUGUCCCUGAGUAUUGUACAGGAAGUUCAGAACAUUGUCCACAAGAUCUAACAGUCAUCAAUGGACAAAGAUGCAAAAAUAGGCUCAUGUGUUACAGCGGAAUUUGUGUUGAUCUUGAUGCACGUUGUGUACAGCAUUUUGGAAAAGGAUCAGUAAAUGCUCCAUUUGUUUGCUAUAAGGAAGUACAUGUUCAUGUAGAUAAGUUUGGACACUGUGGAAUGACCCAGAAUAAAUUUAAAUACUGUGGAUGGAGGAAUUUUCACUGUGGAAGAUUGGUUUGUACUUAUAAUUCUAAAAUUCCUUUCUUUGCUACCAAUGCUACUGCAAUUUAUUUUCGCAUACAAAAUUAUUCCUGUAUAACUGCACUCUUCCCAGGCCCCAAAGAUCUACUCCAAAUUCCAAAUGGCACCUCCUGUGAUACAGGCAGAAUGUGUUUGGGUUAUAGUUGUGUUGAAAAAGGAAAUAUGUCAACUGUUGCAGAGAGUUGUACAAGAAGGUGUUCAGGACGUGGAGUAUGUAAUACCAGACAUCAAUGUCAUUGCAAUCCUGGUUUCCGGCCUCCAAAUUGUGCAUUACCGCAGUCUUUCAAACCUUCAAGGGAUAUGAAUAGAGGUUUAAUCAGAGGAAGUGCUUCAAAGAAGGUUAACAAUAACUGGCUUAUGAGUUUCUACAUUGGUUUGUCUAUUUUUAUCAUAGCAACUAUAACAGCUGUGGCAUGGAACAGACCAAAAAAUCUGUUCUCAAAGGAAAAGGAAUCCCUCAGUAGUGAGUCCAUAGCAGAUGAUACUGCACACACCCUUUCCAGCAGGUCAAAAUCAGAGGAGAGCAUCAAAUUAAAUGAAAAUACGAAGUAGAAAUCCCUUCAGCACAAAUGAAUACUACUGAGGUCUCACUUAGAAAUGAAGAUUCCACCAUUCUAGGUCUGGUUACAGCGGGAAAGAUCAAUAAACUGUGUG